AUGGCCGAAUUGAUUUGGUCAUCCCAGCUUCUGGUCGCGUCGCCAGAACGAGCUCCCCGUCUUUUUGGCGACAAGAUCACUCUACCGCAAUCUGCACUCGAACAACUGCUAGCUGCCGCUCCGCUUCAAGCUGUCCCCGCUGGAAAUUCUCGUGUACAUACUUCGUCAUUUGACCCAUUCAACCCACAUACCUUCGCCGCCGAAUCGCGAGCCCGACAAGAGAUCGAACAGCGUCAACAGCAACUACCCCACCCGUUGACCUUCCGCAUUGUCAAUCCCCAGAAUGGUCGGUUCAUCUACGCCGGCAUCCGAGAGUUCUCCGCCGAUGAGAAUGAAGUCGCGCUAAGCGCUUUGCUCAAAGAAUCGCUAGACAUCAAAGACGACGAGUUUUCGGUCACAAAUGGCGACACCCAAGACCUCACAUCCCCGGAAGCCGAAGCGCAGUCUGUCCGGACUGGUCCCGCAGUCACAGUGCAUGCAAAGCAAUUACCAAAAGGCACAUAUGUUCGUCUCCGCCCGCUAGAAGCUGGAUAUGACCCGGAAGAUUGGAAAGCUCUACUGGAACGAUACCUGAGGGACAACUUCACGACUCUCACUACGGGCGAACUUCUGUCGGUGCCAGGCACCCGGAACGAAUCUUUCAGAUUUUUGGUCGACAAGGUCUUCCCUGAGGGUGAAGGGAUAUGUGUGGUAGACACGGAUCUGGAAGUCGAUAUUGUGGCGCUGUCAGAGGAACAAGCUCGGGAAACGCUACAGAAGAGACUGGAAAAGGCUUCACGUGCGCCGGGCACAAGUAGUGGUACCUCAAUUGGUGGUACUCUCAGCCUCGGAGAGAACGUUACUGCCCAGGUGUUACCCGGAGAUUAUGUGGAUUAUGAUCUUCGGGAAUGGAACCGUGAGGAUACCAUUCAGAUUGAGCUCAUUACGGACGACCCGGAUGCCAUUCUUGUUGCUAGUCCGCUAACUCCUCGCCAACAAAGUCGCCCAAGGGCAGACAUGCAUGUAUGGGGGGACUUUUCAAGCCAGUCACCAAAGAAGUUCGAGCUUCGGCCGACUAAUGUGGCCUUGGAAGGCGCCGAAGCCCUGUACAUAUCGGUUUCCUCUUAUCCUGCACCCAGUGAACCCUCUCAGCCGUCUCCGUCACUUUAUCACUUGCGAAUCACUGCGAAUCCUUUGAAUGACCCCAAGCACACGGAAGAUACGGAAGACUCUCACGAGCCUGGAGAUGUACAAUGCAAGAACUGCCAGCAAUGGGUCCCGGAACGAACAUUGAUUCUGCACGAAAAUUUCUGCCUGCGCAAUAACACAUUCUGCCCGCAGUGCCAUAACGUCUUCCAGAAGAAAUCUGAAGAGUGGCAAAACCACUGGCAUUGUUCUCACGACACCGCUCAUGGCAAUGAUGCUCCAAGCAAGGAAAAGCAUGACGCAAUAUUUCACCAAACACACCAGUGUGUAGACUGUUUUCUAGACCUGGAAGGACUUCCGGCCCUUGCACAGCACCGCACCACAGUCUGCCCCGGGAAGUUGAUUCUCUGCCAAUUCUGUCAUCUCCUCGUGCCGCAGAAAGGUGAAUCUGACCCUGAUUUCCACGACCCCGAAGUCAUGCUUUCCGGUCUCACCCCUCACGAAUUAGUAGACGGAGGACGCACCACUGAAUGUCACCUAUGCAACAAAAUCAUUCGACUCCGAGAUAUGAACACUCAUCUCCGUCAUCACGAAUUGGAGCGUUCAUCUCGACCCGCUCCCCGCAUAUGCCUGAACAAAAAUUGCGGCCGCACAGUCAGUAAACCUGGUAACGAUACUCUCGGUCUAUGUGGGUUCUGCUUUGGUCCGCUAUAUGUGGACUCAUUUGACCCAGAGGGCAAAGCGCUACGACGUCGUAUUGAACGCCGCUACCUCUCCCAAAUGAUGACCGGAUGUGGCAAGCCCUGGUGCCAGAACGAUUAUUGCAAGACGGCAGAACGGAACAUGGCAUCUGUACCGGGGCCUCAUGUUGCAACGAGUGUGGCAGAAAUCAUGAAGUUGACAAAGCCCCUCACUGAAGCACUCAGCACCAAGCCGGAUGUCCCAAACACUGCACCUUUGUAUUUCUGUGUUGAUGAGACGAGUAGCAAACGUCGUCAUCUUGCAGAGAUGAUUGCAGCAGAUACCGCUGAAAGUGAUAAGGUGUAUGAUCUCCCAUGGUGUAUUGCCGGAGUUGAAGCUGCUGGUGGCGAUUUGGAGAAGGCAAGAGAGUGGCUGUCAAAAUGGGCGCCAAACCAAAGCAGAACUACUCAUUGA